AGUUGGAGGCUAUAACUAGUCCUCUUCACAAGGACGCAAGCCACCACUUCUGCUGAAGCUGAUAACAUAUCUACGACAUUUUUAUUCAGUUGAGCCUUUUCCCAGGCCCAGAUGCUCUUCAAUUCGGUUCUCCGACAGCCCCAGUUUGGCGUCCCGAGAAAUGGGUGGUCUUCACAAUACCCUCUACAGUCCCUUCUAACUGGUUAUCAGUGCAACUCGAAUGAUGAGCACACUUCUUAUGGAGAAACAGGAGUCCCAGUUCCUCCUUUUGGAUGCACCUUCUCUACUGCUCCCAACAUGAAACAUAUACUAGCAGUUGCCAAUGAAGAAGGAUUUGUUAGAUUGUAUAACACAGAAUCACAAACCUAUAGAAAGAAGUGUGUUAAAGAAUGGAUGGCUCACUGGAAUGCUGUCUUUGACCUGGCUUGGGUCCCAGGUGAACUUAAACUUGUUACAGCAGCAGGUGAUCAAUCAGCCAAAUUUUGGGAUGUAAAGGCUGGUGAGCUGCUUGGAACAUGCAAAGGUCAUCAAUGCAGCCUCAAGUCGGUUGCCUUUUCUAAGUUUGAGAAAGCUGUCUUCUGUACGGGUGGAAGAGAUGGCAACAUUAUGGUCUGGGACACCAGGUGCAACAAAAAAGAUGGAUUUUAUAGGCAAGUGAAUCAAAUCAGUGGUGCUCACAAUACCUUAGACAAGCAAACUCCUUCAAAACCUAAGAAGAAACAGAAUUCAAAAGGACUUGCUCCUUCCGUGGAUUUCCAGCAGAGUGUUACCGUGGUCCUUUUUCAAGAUGAGAAUACAUUAGUCUCUGCAGGAGCCGUGGAUGGGGUAAUUAAAGUAUGGGACUUACGUAAGAAUUAUACUGCUUAUCGACAAGAACCCAUAGCCUCCAAGUCUUUCCUGUACCCAGGUAGCAGCACUCGAAAACUAGGAUACUCAAGUCUAAUUUUGGAUUCCACUGGCUCUACUUUAUUUGCCAACUGCACAGAUGACAACAUCUACAUGUUCAAUAUGACUGGGUUAAAGACUUCUCCAGUGGCUGUCUUCAAUGGACAUCAGAACUCGACCUUUUAUAUUAAAUCCAGUCUUAGUCCAGAUGACCAGUUUUUGGUCAGUGGCUCAAGUGAUGAAGCUGCCUAUAUCUGGAAGGUGUCCACACCCUGGCAUCCUCCAACUGUGCUCCUGGGUCAUUCUCAAGAGGUCACAUCUGUGUGCUGGUGUCCGUCAGAUUUCACAAAGAUUGCUACCUGCUCUGAUGACAAUACACUGAAAAUCUGGCGCUUGAAUAGAGGCUUAGAGGAGAAGUCAGCAGAUAAGCUCUCCAUAGUGGGUUGGGCCUCUCAGAAGAAAAAAGAGGCAAGAGCUGACCUAGGAACAGUGACAAGUGGCCAGAAUACUCCUGCCAAAGCCCCCAGAGUAAAGAUCAGUCCAUCUAGUUCCUCCCCUUCCUCAGCAGCCUGUGCUCCGAGCUGUGCAGGAGACCUCCCUCUUCCUUCCAAUACUCCCACAUUCUCCAUUAAAACCCCUCCUGCCAAGGCCCGGUCUCCCGUUAGCAGAAGAGGCUCCAUCUCCUCUGUCUCUCCCAAGCCACCCUUAUCUUUCAAGAUGUCCAUUAGGAACUGGAUGACCCAAACACCUUCUUCAUCACCACCCAUCACUCCACCUGCUUGUGAGACCAAGAUCAUGUCUCCAAGAAAAGCCCUCAUUCCCGUGAGCCUGAAAUCAUCCCAAGCAGUGGCUUGCUCAGAGUCUAGAAAUAGAGUGAAGAGGAGGCUAGACUCAAGUUGUCUGGAGAAUGUGAAACAAAAGUGUGUGAAGAGUUGCAGCUGUGUGACUGAGCUUGAUGACCCAGUUGAAAAGCUUCAUUUGGAUCUGUGCUGCCUUACUGGCAACCAGGAAGACCUUGGUAAGGACUCUCUAGGUCCUACCAAAUCAAGCAAGAUUGAAGGAGCCAGUAUGAGUGUCUCAGAGCCUCCUUCUCCUGCCAGUCCUUAUGCUUCAGAGGGCUGCGGGACACUAUCUCUUCCUUUGGGAUCUUGUGGAGAAGGGUCUGAAUUGGUAGGCAAAGAGAAUAGCUCCCCAGAGAACAAAAACUGGUUAUUGGCCAUGGCAGCCAAACGGAAGGCUGAGAAUUCAUCACCACGAAGUCCAUCAUCUCAGACCCCCAAUACCAGGAGACAGAGCGGGAAGACUUCUCCAGGCCCGGUCACUAUUACUCCCAGCUCCAUGAGGAAAAUUUGUACAUACUUCCACAGAAAGUCUCAAGAUGACUACUGUAGUCCUGAACAGUCAACAGAAUUAUAGAUCUUAAUCUGAGUAAGUUAACUGAACUUUGGCCCAUUUAAACAAUAUAAAAAUACAACAGAGUGGCUCUAUAAGAAAGCCACCAUUUUUCAUUUUUAGAGACAAUCCUUUCAAACAUUUUCAAUAAGUAGUCGUCGCUUUUUUAAUUAUUCAUAUUCUCUACUAUAAUAACAUACCAGCAUAUAGAGGCAAAAAACAAGACUUGUCUCUUGUUACUCUGAGACUUUCUAUGCACAGUGUGAGGUGCCUGCCGGCCAGAGCAGGAGGCCUGUCUGGGAAGGCCCGCUGCCGAAGACCCCGGAUCUGUGCUGCCUCCAGCAAAUAUACUCGCAUUUAAAAUAUAUACUCUUUCCACUCUAACUCCUUCUGUUUGGUUUUUUUAGUAUGUGUAAAAAUGUGAUGUUCAGAUAAGUACAUUUACGUUGAUUUAGCGUGUGAUUCAAUGAUAAUAGUCCCUUUAGUUAAAAUCAUUUUUACUUUAAAGACAGUCAACUCUGGAAAAAGUAGAACAACACUAGAACCCUUAUUUGUAUUUUUCCCCAAAUAUAUCUCCCACGUGAGAUUUAAGCUCCCCAUAUUUUUGCUAAGCAAUCUGCUAUGUUACCAACUCAACAUCAUGCUCUAUAAGAGGUUGUGAUUUUUGCCAUUUACAAGAGGAGAUGUUUAUAAACUCAGUAACCAUACACUGAAGCUUGGGUUUGAAUUCAGUCCUCAGUUCUCUGGGUGCUGCGACUUUAAAAAAAAUAGUCAUCAGAUUUUAAGAAAAAUUAUUAAUAUCUUAUUGAAAUUUUAUAAAAGAAGAUUGUUCUGAGCUGAAAAUCCAGAACCUCAAAAAUAAAUCUUGGCUUUCACUUGCUUUUUUGGAUUUUCUUUAUAUAUAUAAAAAGCAAUUGCCUGCUAGUAUAGCACUGAGUCAAAAAAUCUUGGAAUUUUUUAUGCUUUUUUUAAUAUAGAGUAUAUAGACUAACUCUAAGUUAUAAUGUGCAAAAUAUCUUGAACAUCCCUUCCCUUAAUCAACAGUUGCAUAUCGAUCAUCUUGAGAUGAACUGUUGUUUUAUAUUUUCCCCCAUUGUAACCUCAUAGCUUCAUAUACUUUCUAUGUGCUGUGUCCUUGGGAGGGAGUGCCCUUGCAAUCAUGAAACUUGAUUCAUUUUAUCUAUAUAUUUGAGGACUGUGUAGACUUUCUUCAUAUUUUUGUGAUACUUUUCAAAUCUGUUCUAAUGAUAACUCUUUAAUUCCUUUGAUUCUUAUAAGUUAAGUUUGUAACAACCAGAGCUGCCAAGGUCAGUUAAGCAGGGUUCUCCUGGUUUUAUCCAAGGAGGAAAAUAAAGGGAAGCCAUAAAAUUACUGUUUUAAAACAGAGCACACCAGUGUUACCUGAAUAUUUAGGAACUCUACAUAUAUUUGGUUUUUGAAUUUUGAGUGUUAGACUGGGGGACGGUGUUAUUUAUGAUGAAUCCUUGCCCAUAAUGCUGUCUAUCUUUCUCUUGAUUUGAAAGCCAGUAGGAAAAUAAUCCUUGAAAAAGGAAAGGAUAUCUAAAGUAGAUGAUUUUGUUCUUUGUAUUCCUGCACAUCUUCUGACAGCUAUACUAAGUGAAAUUGGGGCAAAUGUGGCUGUCAAAAGUUGCUGAGAAUCUGCUGGGUAUAACAUGUCUCUCUUGGAAACUAGUACUUCAAAUGGGUGCCAAAGGUCAAAUGUAAUGAGAUAAUUAUCCCUGUUAUGUGUCAGUGUCAGACUCUGAGCUGAUCCUGAAUAAUAAAGCCU